AUGGCGCUGGCCGAUGAACAGCCUGACGCGUCGUGGAAAUCCGCGCCAGCUGGGAGCGUUCCAGUACGACGGCUUGUGUUGAAGCCAGAAGAUGAAAAACACAGAACAGAAGCCCCCUCAAAGGGUCAAAUACCAGCACAUCUAUUUUAUCGGUCUGUCCCAGACAACAGAGACUUCGCGACUGAGCACCGAGCAGAAUACAAACCUAAGCCACUAGAUGGUAAAGGUCAAGGAAUUGAAUUUGGGCCAGAUGGUGUCCCAAUUGGUGUGGAUCCUAAAGCUUGGAAGGAAUACAUUGCUAAGCAUGGAAUCCCUCCUGAUGGCCAAAUUCCGCCGCAUCUAUUCUAUCGAUCAGUACCAGAUAAUAGAGACUUUGCAACAGAACAUCGAGCAAAAUAUACCCCAAAGCCGAUAGACGGAAAAGGUCAAGGAAUUGAAUUUGGGCCAGAUGGUGUCCCAAUUGGUGUGGAUCCUAAAGCUUGGAAGGAAUACAUUGCUAAGCAUGGAAUCCCUCCUGAUGGCCAAAUUCCGCCGCACCUAUUUUACCAAUCGACACCAGACAACAGAGACUUUGCAACAGAGCAUCGAGCCGAAUAUAAACCCAAGCUAAUAGAUGGUAAGGGUCAUGGAAUUGAAUUUGGGCCAGAUGGGGUUCCUAUUGGUGUGGAUCCUAAAGCUUGGAAGGAAUACAUUGCUAAGCAUGGAGUCCCUCCUGAUGGCCAAAUUCCGCCGCAUCUAUUCUAUCGAUCAGUACCAGAUAAUAGAGACUUUGCAACAGAACAUCGAGCAAAAUAUACCCCAAAGCCGAUAGACGGAAAAGGUCCAGGAAUUGAAUUUGGGCCAGAUGGUGUCCCAAUUGGUGUGGAUCCUAAAGCUUGGAAGGAAUACAUUGAGAAACAUGGGAUGCCCCAAGAGUAA